ACAUUGAUAUGGGAUUGACGUUCGGCUCAAGGACAGAAUUUGUUUGCAGGUGAAGCUGCUGGACUAACAGGCUGUCCUGCUACAUUUCAGCCAUUGUAGAAUCUCUUGUGAAGAGGAAUGGCGACGCAGACAUAGUUUCUGUAGGAACAAAGCCCACCAACAACAGUUAAUCUCCGGAUUUCUCCACAGAGUAGAGCCGGUGUAUGCCAACCUUUCCCUUGUUUCUCCGGAUGGAUACCGGACCUGCCUCCCCCCCUGCCUCCAUGGUGGUGGGCCCUUCCCCACUUUGGCGACUGGCUGAUAGGAGGAGCAGGAAAGCAGGCUCAGCGAACAUCUUCAGCGAUGUGAACCUGUGGCAGCUCCAGAGACUGUUCAAGGCAGCGGGGGAUCAGGACGCAGAGCAGAGGGCCCAGCUGGUUUGGGGCCAAACAGAUGAAGCUGAACUGGCUCAGGCGUUGAUAGGACUGAGGGCCCGAAGUCAAAGGAGAGGGCUGAGGUCCAAUGGGAGAGAAGCACUGGGCUCACACUGGCUACGAGCCUUCAAUCACCUCAGGAUUGGGGAGAGUUCUCCCAGCAGCCCGGGGAAGGACCCUGCAGAGGAGAAUGAAUCUGAGGCAGGAGCCCACAAUAGUCCAGAGUCAGGCAGACACACCUCAUCAGGGACAUCAGGUGGAGCUACAGGGGCUACAGUGGGACUAACUGAGGGCCUGGACCAUGCAGGGACUUCUGAGAGACCGGCUAGACCCAACUCAGGACUGAAGAGAGGAGAAGGGAACAAUCCAGAGAGAUACCUCCACAGAAUACUUCACUGACUUGACCCAAACCUGACUUUCAAUCUGAGUCUGUCAGCACUUCUCUCACACUCAUCCCUCCUGAAUACUUCUGUUGUGUUCACACACUGUUGCUAGGUUUUUAAUUAACCUCUGGAAAAAGCAAGUCAUAUGUGUAACUGUGCAGGUUGAGAGAAUAGACUAUUGCCUUGAAGCCUGGUCGUUGUAAUGGCUCUGAUCA